AAUAGAUUAUAAUUAUAAUUCUUAAAUUAUCUAUGAGUAAUAAAUUAGGACGUAACCCGCCACAAUUAUGUAAUAUUUAUGCUUAUACAGUAAAGUUAUACAGUAUAGACGGCCAAUAUCAGACAGAGUAGACACAAUAUUAUGAUAACCGCAAAAUAUAUUAUAUUUAAUUUUUAUAUUAAUAUAUAUGACGUAGACAUAUAAGGUAUCUGACACCUGUUAUAUAAAUAUAACUGACGUCUUACAAUAAUCACUUAUCAGUAAUCGCCACAGCACAGAAGCCUAAUUCAAUAAAUCGAGGUUGUUAUUCGCUAUUUCGAAAUUCGAGUAUUCGACUGUAUUGGCCGCGCAACUGAUUACACCGACCACAUACGGCACUCGCGGAAACUGACCGGCUACCCGACUGACCAACAUACGACGCUGCUCAGACAAUAUGGCAUUGGCAACUAGCAGACUGGCAAUAGUGACAGGUGGCAACAAGGGCAUCGGGUACGCCAUCGUUAAGGAUCUGUGUGAGCGAUUCGACGGCGAUGUUUACCUUACAGCCCGCGACGUCGGCAGGGGCGAGGCCGCGGUCGGACGGCUGAAUGAGCUGGGUCUGAAGCCUAAGUUCCACCAGCUGGACGUGACCGACACAGGUAGUGUGGCCGCGUUCGCCAAGUUCGUGGCCCACAGCUAUGCGGGCAUUGACGUGCUGGUCAACAACGCCGCGAUCGCCUUCAAGGCGGCCGCCACCGAACCGUUCGGCGAACAGGCCGAGGAAACGCUCCGGGUCAACUACUUUGCGCUGCGGUCCGUGUGCGACGCACUGUUCCCAUUGCUAGUGCCCGGUGCUCGUGUGGUAAAUUUGUCCAGCUCUGCCGGACGUCUGUCAAUGAUCCCGGGCGAUGAGCUCAAGCGCACGCUGUCCUCGCCUCUGUUGACCAUCGACCAGCUGGACGCUCUGAUGCGCCAGUUCGUGGAGAAAGCCAAGGGCGGCAAUCAUGAACAGUUUGGAUGGCCGUCAUCGGCAUACAGCGUGUCCAAAGUUGGUGUUAGUGCGCUGACAUUUAUACAACAGAGGGCAUUUGAUGUUGACCCCAGGACAGACAUUGUGAUCAACAGUGUCCACCCGGGCUACGUGGACACGGACAUGACCAGUCACAAAGGACCGUUAACCAUUGAACAGGGAGCCGAAGCACCAGUUUAUCUGUCUCUGUUGCCUGCAGGUGAACAAAAUGUUAAAGGCCGCUAUGUCUGGAACGACAAGACCAUUAAGGACUGGUGCAAAUGUUAAAUCAAGUACACAUUUACAAGUACAAUUACAUUUACAAGUACACAUAACCAUGUUUUUGUGGCAUAGGUCCUUACCUUUCGAUUGCCUUUUUCACUGAUUAUUGUUAAUAAAUAAUAAACAAUGUACUUUUUUACUACACAUUUUUACUGUUCAAAAAUGCAUUCUGUAGACUUAUUUAUUUUUAAGAAAACCAUAUUUGUUAUAUUUAUUCAAGUAGAUACUACUUAAACUGUAUACUUUUAUUUUUUUAUGUUCCCAGAAUAAAACAUUUUUAUAAAUUGCAAA